AUGGCUGCUAUAAGGAAUUACAGUUCGGUCAUGCUGGGAAGUGCCACAUCUCAAGCUUUGAGCGAUAUUUUCAAAAAUCAGUUUUCGGGCCGAAUGUACGCGACCCAGAAAAAUGGGCCAGGCAAUAUCAUUCACCAAAAGGAGCUUCAUCGCAUUUUUCAAUCUGAUCUGGCUAAGGGAGAAACUUUGUUGGAAGUGGACGCUGGUCCGAUGGCCUGGUACUCUUUCAUGUCGUCCAGUCGAUUCAACGACAUUGUGCUGAGCGACUUGGUCGAGAACAACAGAGUAGAGCUCGAGAAGUGGCUGAACAGAAGCGAAGAUGCCAUCGACUGGACCUUCCGUGCAGAGCAAGUUGCUGCCUUGGAGGGCUAUAGAAAUAUCAAGAAAGGGGCCUUCGCAAUAAUGGAGCGCACACGCUCAUCGAUUCGCAAGGUGGUUCUCUGUGAUGUCCUCAAACCUGGAGUGCUCCCAGAGGAACACAGGGAAAUCUUCGAUGUUGUUCUCUCCUGUAAUUGCCUGGAAUGUGUCGCGGCUGACCUAGAUUCUUUUCAGAGUGUGGUUAAAAAUGUAGGGUCACUUGUGAAAUGUGGUGGUCUGCUGGUUCUGGCUGGCAUCGGUGGCAUGGGCGACUACUACAUGGGAAACAAAGACUUUCCUAUGGUGAACCUCACCGAAGAUGUGCUGAAAAGCUCAGUGACAGAUGCCGGAUUUCGAAUCAAAACAUUCUAUGCCGAAAUUGUUGGCGGUAUGGGGAGCGCUGACGCAUUCGUGUUUGUUCUAGCGGCCCACAAUAAAGAAUGA